CGGCUGAAAGCAGUUUUUCUUGUUUUCCAAAUUCAGUUACAUUUCAGUUGUCGUGCGUGUGGGGUGUACGUGCACGCUUCGCCCAUUCGUGAGAAAUUUCGAACUUUCAAUUGUUUCGUGAAGUGCAUUUCUGGCGCUUUUGAAUUAUUUGGAUGAACUGUGGGAAUAUCGGCGGUGAUUACUCGUCAUCGAAACCGUUUAGUGAGAAUCCAACGGCGCGAUGACAACUUUCAGGUCGCGUUUCAAGUGUCCGCUCAUGUUGGUCUGAAAAAUGGUUGUUUUCGGCCGCGACGAGUUUUCUUUUGUGUGAUCGAGAAAAUUGUGAAAUAAGCAAGUGAAUAAUAGUCUGGGAAUCACAAGGUCAGGCCCAGCGAAAGAAAGUGCCGCGGAGCAGUGAAAAGUUCAGUAGAAAUUUCGCAAGAAAAAAGCGUCAAUGAAAAAAGUGAAAGUGGUCGCUCGUUCGAAAUAUCAUAAAACCGUGGCCGGAGUCUGAGUCGCGGCAGCCGAGCCCGCCAAGUUUUUGUUGUGCAUCAUUUCGACAAGAAAAAGCGGAUAAAUUGGAGUAAGACACGGAAAAGAAAUUGCUUGACCGGCCCUUUGUUGCGCGGAGUGAAGAAGUUCGUUUUUUGUGCAUCUGAAGGCGAGGAAAGCCCAUCGGAAUGGCUCCACCGACCUGUAACCUGUUGCAUGUGCGCCUUGCAUGGUUCACAGUUUUAAUUUUCGCAGCUUCCCUAGCUUCCCCGGUGAACGGGAUCGCCACGAGGACAAUCAACAAAUGUUGCCGCAUUGGUGAGCAUUUGGACCAGGCCAGCAGUUGCAUCGCGGGAGGCUCUGAAAAAUGGGUUCCUCAGGUUUACCUGAUCAACCGGAAGACCACCUUUGAGCCUCGAGGCGAGGCCCCCAAGUUCUUCCGGAUCCAAGAAAAUACUUUCCCGAAGACGUGUCAGGAGCCUGAACUCUUUACGGGCUCCAGCAAUGUCAUAAUAUUCUCCAACGGGUCCUUGUACUUGUUCGAGAAAAAUAGCCUUUUUGCGCCCGAGGACUAUUGUGCGGAGAGGGAUGCAGCCUUGGUUUGCUCCCCGCACCAGAAGCACCGUGCGGACUGGCUGAUAGCUCCCAGGAAGCUGGCAAAGGUGCACAAGUGCUGCGGCAUGAACUCCGCCUACAACGAGGAAAACGUGACGUGCCUGUUUUACAGCGACCCCAAGCAUCCUUUGUACCGCGCCCGAGUGACCAAUUCGACCAACGUGGAAAUCAUCUACGGCUUCCCGACGUGUACCGUAGGACAUGUGAUAGUGGGCAAGUACCAGGAUGAUCUCCUUAACAUGGAGAGCGGGCAACUGACCCUCGAGUCCGGGAAACAGUUGGGACCACCGGAUUUCUGCUUGGAGCACACGAUUGAGAAGGAUCCUGUGAUUGAUACGGACGUGACCCACGUGAAGAUCUUUGCCUGUUCCGAACAGUUUGCAGUCCCUGCUCCUGCUCCGGAAACCAAGCAGGACAUUCGGUUUGUUUUGUACUCGAUUGGGUUAAUGAUUUCGGUGAUCUUCCUAUCGGCAACGUUGGCAGCUGGAUUUUUAAUGCCUUCAAAUCAUCACGUGCUGCACUGGCGGUGUCAAACUUAUUACGUGGCCUGUUUGCUGGUGGGAGAUUUACUGCUGGCAAUUUCGCAGAUUUCGGGAGAUAAAAUUUCUGGCGGAACCUGUAUUACAUUCGCCAUUCUCAUGCACUUCUUUUUCUUGGCGGCAUUCUUCUGGCUUAACACAAUGUGUUUUAAUAUUUGGUGGACAUUCCGCGAUUUCCGUCCUACAUCCUUAGAAAAAGGUCAAGAAAUGUUCCGGCUACGAAUCUAUCGUGUCUACGCGUGGGGCGUACCACUUAUUAUUUCUGGCGUGGCUAUCGUUCUGGACAACAUUCCCUCGGGAACUGAUGAUAAUUUGCUACGACCACGAUUCGGCGAAGCAGGUUGCUGGUUUUAUGGCAACAUGGAAAUUCUAGCUUAUUUCUUCGGACCAGUUGGAAUCCUCCUUUGCAUAAAUCUUCUGUUGUUUGCAUCAACAGCACGUCAACUCACAUGUGGCUUAUGGAAACGUGAAGAUGUUAAAUCGACUACUGAAAGUUUUCAACCAAAAUAUUCCAGGGCUGCAUUGGGACGUGUCUGCCUGAAGCUGGUCGUUGUGAUGGGAGUGACGUGGGUUGCGGAUAUCAUUUCUUGGAUGGUUGGUGGACCCCAAUCGGUUUGGUACGUCACGGAUCUCAUUAAUGCACUGCAAGGCGUAUUCAUCUUCAUCGUCGUCGGAUGUCAACCACAGGUCUGGUCCGCUGUUAAACGCAUUUGGAGUUCAAAGACCGGUCGCGGCGUUACGAAUACAACGAACGGUCCACAGCAUUCAAGCUCAUCACAUGGCCUACCCUCAAUUGGGGAUUCUGUAACGAAUAACACAUUGACAAAUACUACGAGUACCAAAGUCGCUAUGGAAACACAUCCACCAAAAUUGAAUAUUAAAUGAAGAAAAGAGUCCGAAAAAAGAACAGUCAAAUUUAAUCAUUUUGACAUGCAAUUCAUAUUCAUACUAAAUAUUAAUAAUUCAUUCUUUGGAAUACAUUAAUAAUGAAAUAUUCGAAUUUUUAACCCAAUUAACACGAAUUGUGUUAAGUGAAAUAAUACGAUUAAAAAUUUUGAACAAUCAUAAGAGAACUAAGAGUGAAUCGAGAUGCAACUGAAUGUGAAAAUGAAAGAAGCUGUUAUGUUAGCCUUUUAGUUAGUAGCCAAGUACAGUAUCAAAGUUUACAUUACGUUAAGCGUCUAACUGUAUUAUAUUCGCGUACAUGCAUAUGUAUCUCUCCUUCCUUGCGUAGUAAUGAAUUCGUUACUUCCUUGCAUAUCAUUGAUUUCGAUAAACUGUUUUUGAUGUGAUUACUAUGAUUUCAUGUAGCAAUAAUUAAUAACCAGAGCAACUAUUUGCAACUAUUUCCUCUCGCAUCUUUAAGUUUUCUUCUCAUUAAAUUGUGUUAAUAGUAUUUUACGCCGCGGUACAGUGUAAACUUUUUUCAUGCUAGUGAUUUAAUUUAAUAUUUAUUUUCUAUUCUCAUUUGUUCCCUGUAUCAUAGCACAAUAAUAUUGUUAACUUUUCGCUUAAUUCAGUGGAGUAGUGACAUUUGAAUAUAAAUCUAGAUCUAAGUCUGAACGGUAUUUUUUAAAUGAUGAAAAUUUUGUUUUUGUGUGAAACAAGAUAGAUGCGAGGUUAAGAUGUUUAUGAUUAUAUGCGAAACCAAAAACUGCCAGAUGAUUUUUGUAUUAUGAAUUGUAGCGUAGAAUAAAAAAGAAUAUACUUAGAUCUUAGAUUAUAUUACAUUAAAUAAAAAGAUUUUUUUGUAAUUAA